CACGAAUCUAUCUCUGUCGCCAUAGACCGGCACUCAUUGAUCGGUACAUCCAUGUCCGCACUUUUGGAUAGUCGAGAUUGUUCGAAACUCAAGUGGCGUCCACCUUGAGUGAAACCUUUGCUUGGCAUAGGGAAGCAUGAAUAAAAUGGAAUACCUAUCUGGAUUGAAAACACAAAAUACAUCAACCGCUAUUCUACCACUCCCUGCCAAUGUUGUCGCACAGAUCAAAUCAUCCACCAACAUCACUAGCCUCAACGCGGUAAUACUGGGACUGUUUGAGAACUCCUUGGAUGCAAAAGCAACAAAAAUCGAUGUGUCCGUCGACUUUCGCCGAGGUGGUUGUACGGUAGAAGACAAUGGCCUCGGUGUUCUUCCUUGCGAGUUUCGCGAGACUGGCGGGCUUGGUCGCAUGUAUCACACGUCCAAGCACCAGGAUAAUGCGCAAUACGAAAAUCAUGGUGGCCAAGGAACCUUUUUGGCAUCGACAGGAGCACUAUCGCUUCUCACCAUCACUUCUCGCCAUUUCCAGCACUACUCUCAUAAUACUCUGGUGCUACAUCGGUCAAAGCCAAUUUCCAGAUUGACGCCAGCUCCGCCACAGCAUGAGAUUCGCAGUCACAAUACCCAUGGCACACGCGUGUCUGUCAAGGAUUUGUUCGGCAAUAUGCCUGUGAGAGUCAAGCAACGUGCCAACUAUGCAGAAGAAGGCUCUGAAGUCGAGAGGCAAUGGCAAGCCCUCAGAGUCGGUGUUGUGGGCUUGCUUCUACCAUGGAAUCGGCAUGUUAAGGUCAUAGUGACGGACUCAGGGAACACAGCAAAGACCUUUUCGAUCAACACAGGUGCACACUUUUUGCCGAACACUCUGAGUGAGAGAAAUUUGAAUAUCCUGAACAAGAAGACAUUGGCUUUCGAUCAGAACACUAUUUUGAGCAUCUUGUCCCAGUCAGGCAUCAUCGCUACCGACUCCAAGAGCAGCUGGAUUCCGGUAUCUGCCUCUACCCUGUCAGUCAUUGUCAAGGGCCUCAUAUCGUUGGAUCCGGCUCCUAGUAGGGCCGCGCAAUUCAUCUCUAUUGGCAUAACGCCUUGUUUGGAUGAGAACAGGCACAACGAGCUUUACGAAACUGUCAACCGAAUAUUCGCCCAGUCGAGCUUCGGCCAUGUGGCUGACAAUUCUGAGCCUGACGAGGCAGAGGUCAAGCGCCGGCAACAUGACCGUCGAUUCAAGCAAGACGGUCUCACCAACAAACAGAUACGAGGAGGCAGAAAAGGAGUUGACCGAUGGCCAAGAUUCUAUUUCCGUGUCGAACUGAAAGCUGAUGAGAGCGCACAGCCUGUGAGCAAGCUCAGCGACAUGCGUCUCAAGAGUAUUGUCAAUGUUCUCGAAAGUCUGACCAUGCAUUGGUUGGAGGCGAACAAUUUUCGUCCGAAGAAAACAGGUCGGAAGAGGAAACAAGCCCAUCAAUCCACAGCCGCAGCGGAUCAGACUCUCGAAGCUCCAGGAAGUAGACCCGCUUCUGCUUCUCUACGACAGUCUGGCAGCGGCCUGCUUCGUACAUCAAGUCAAGCAAGUAUCACGAGCGACGACAAUCAAGGCUCUAAGAGAGUGCGAUGUAGACCGCGUGUUAAUGAUGCCACACCGACGAUGCCGUUCACAGACUGGAGUAGGAUCAAGAGUGCUCGACCACAGAUGUACGAAAGCAUAUGGAAGUGCAAGACACCCCAAUUGAAGCAAACCGUAGGGAAUCCAGCAAGGACAGCAGAAACUCCUACUCCGAUCAGUGUGGAACCCGUCUUCGCAAAUCAAUUUGGAUUUGAGCACUGCGCAUCUCCCAGUACGACAAAAGAGCAAGGGACGAUGGGCGAUGAACGAUAUCAUAUCCACGACCAAGCCGAUGAGGCAUACAUUGACUGGGUUGACCCAAAGACCCAUCAGAAACAUCGCAUCAACGCACGUACUGGCAUUGUCAUGCCAGACCAAUCUCACAGAGCGAUACCCAACGAUACUCCCGCAAACCGGACAACAGCUGCGGCAGAUUCGCGGUUAUCAUCGUUCGGCAGGUCACUUGUUCUUGAGAGAAGGAAAAGUACACCACGCGCACUGCGCAGCCCGACCUCGAACACAACAUCUGCUUCACCGUGGCUCGACGCAUUCUUACAAACUUGGAAGAACCCAACGUUUGCAAAUCAACCAGAACAAGCGAUACCUACAGUUGGAUUCGGAGGGCCUGGACAAGAAGCCCCGCAUUCACAUGACCACCACCAGCGAUGUGCCAUAGUGGACUCAUUCUCGCAUGCUGGAACUACUGAUACAAGUCGGCUAUCCAAAUCUGCUCUGUCACACGCACAUGUCAUCUCACAAGUUGAUGACAAAUUCAUUCUGAUGAAGAUACCGAGUCUUUCAGGACCUAAGUCAGAAGAGCUGGAUCAUACCAGACAACUGCUAGUGUUGAUGGACCAACACGCAGCGUCAGAGCGAUGCAUUCUCGAGGCACUUCUGGAAGGGCUUUGCACGCCGAACCGGGGCACCACACUUAUGAAGUCGAACUUCGGUUUCACAUCAGCCAUCCUCACAAAUCCAGUGGACAAACCGCUACAUUUUCAGCUUCCUUUUCAAGAGGAACAGAUGUUCAGGAAUUACGCCCAACACUUUGCAAGCUGGGGCAUUCUCUACGAUCUAAUUUCAAACAAGACAGACCCGCCUCGCCUCAACAUUCUGACACUACCUCCUGGCAUAUCAGAGCGCUGCAAGACCGAGCCGAAGCUGAUCAUGGAACUCCUUCGUGGCGAGAUAUACGCUCUGGCUGAGACCGGCAGCACACGAAGUCGACCUGCAGACGUCGAACUGGCGGACACAAAACACGCAUGGCUUAGACGGAUGGGCUCUUGCCCGAAAGGUAUAUUGCAUCUGUUGAACUCACGGGCAUGCAGAAGUGCCAUCAUGUUCAACGAUAGAUUGAGUCUGGAGCAAUGUCAGAAUUUGGUGCGGAAGGUGGCUGGAUGUGUUUUUCCGUUCAUGUGUGCGCAUGGGAGAAACAGUAUGGUGCCGUUAGUCUAUCUUGACAAUAAUGGCGGAGAUGUUGAAGGAAGCUUGAAUGGUUUUGGUGAAACAGCAGAGCAAGGCAAGAGCUUUGGAGAAGCGUACAAGAAGUGGAGAAAGGAGAAGAAUUAGUUUCUGAGAUCACAAACGGAACUUUUGCUCGAAUCCCAAACUCUUUUCUUUGGCUGGCAUGAGUAUCGUUAAUACGGGUAUCAAUCUGCAU